GGGAGAUUUUGCGUGAAAACAAGGACUUUAAGAUUGUGGGCGGGGAUCGAAGACCAAGGAGAGAGAGAGAGAGAGAGGGAGACAGACAGAAAGAAACAGUGAGGAGUGAGGGGUGCAGUUUUCCAUGAAAAGAGAGAAAUGGAGCUCAAGCCCCAAGAAGAUGACGUCACGGCUCCGGUCUCCUCUCUGGGCUUCGCUCACUUCGCCCGCGACUCCAGAAGGAUGGAGGGGUUGCACAACGGUGCACCCAUCCUCGCCGCUGAUCCUGAAGCCCUAGACCACCACCACCACCACCACCACCCACCGCAGCAGCGCCCCAAUUUGCACCAGCCCCACCCCCACCAAGACGAUGAGGUCAAGCCCGAGCGCGAGGACUCGAACCCGGAUCCCGUCUCCUUCGCCUUCUCCAGGUCUCCCGCCCUCCCGGCCCCCGCCGGAUCGAAGCCGAAGCCCGCGCCGCCGCCGCCGCCGCCCCCCCACGCCGCCGUCAGGUACCGGGAGUGCCUCCGGAACCACGCCGCGAGCGUCGGCGGGAGCGUCUACGACGGGUGCGGGGAAUUCAUGCCGGCCGGCGAGGAAGGGACCGCGGGGGCCCUCAGGUGCGCCGCGUGCGAGUGCCACCGGAAUUUCCACAGGAAGGAGGUCGACGGCGGGGGUGGCGAGGGGCUGCAGCUCUCCGCCGGCUUCCGGCGGGGCCUGGUCGCCCCGCUCCAGCUGCCGCCACCGCCGCUGGCAUCCCCGUACCAGAGGUACUCGGUGGGCGUCGUCCACAGCCCGAUGGUGACGCCGAUGAGCGUGGCCUUCGGCGGCGGCGGGGGGAACGAGUCCUCGAGCGAGGAUCUGAACCUGUUCGGCUCCGAUCACCAUCACCGCCACGCGGCGACGGCGCCCCCGUUCUCGAAGAAGAGGUUCCGGACGAAGUUCACGCCGGAGCAGAAGGAGAGGAUGAUGGAGUUCGCGGAGAGGGUGGGGUGGAGGAUCCAGAAGCAGAACGAGGAGGAGGUGGAGAGGUUCUGCGGGGAGAUCGGGGUGAAGAGGCAAGUGCUCAAGGUGUGGAUGCACAACAACAAGAACAAUGUCAAGAACAAGCAGCCAUCCGACGAGCCGGCGUGACCCAUCUGCGCAAACUGGGGUUGAAGAUGAAAGGUGCAAGCUUUUUUUUUUUGAGGUGAGACUACUCCAAACUGAUCACUCCGCAGAUGGGUCUUGCGUAGUUAGUAGAUUUAUCGAUCUGAUGAUGGGUCAUCCAUGUUUUUAGCCAGUAAUCUGAUGAACCAGUGCAAUCUGUAGUAGAGAACCCUGCAAAAUUCUUUGCUUGUUGAUGGGUUUAGUGCUUAGCUACUAUUUCGGGUC